AAGUGACUGCUAUACUGACGGCUUCCGGUGAGUGUCACUUGUCAACCAACAAGUAAAUAUGGCUAUGCUAUGUCGUGGUCUUCACAUACCUUCCCCAAUUCAGGCUUUAACAGAAACUACGCCCCUGCCUUGGUUAAUUUCAUUCCGAAGCAAGUUCACCAAAGCACGGAUCCCACAAGAGAUCCUGGAUGAGCGGUCUCAAGAGCAUGAGAAGUAUGGUGGAAACCAGGAGCAGCCCCAUAAGCUGCACGUGGUGACGCGGGUCAAGAGCACCAUGCGCCGGCCCUACUGGGAGAAGAAGCUAGUGGAGGGACUCUGCUUGCAGAAGGCGUAUGUACCUGUAAUUCACAAGAACAUCCCUUCAGUCAACAACCAGCUGAAAUUCAUCAAGCAUCUUGUGAGGAUCCAGCCACUGAAGCUUCCCCAUGGUCUCCCUGCUGAGGAAGACAUGGCCGACACCUACCUGAACAGCAAAGGAGAGCUGAUCGUACGACGCCUCCUCAAACCUGUAGAGGCCAAAGCCAUCGAGUCAUAGCCAGCACUACUCUAUACCCAAGCCAUUUUGUCAGUGGUUCUGUUUGAAUACUGAAAAUGCAUCCUCCCUUCCUCAAAGUAAUCACUGACAUGACUGGAUUGGCUGUGUGGUGGAUUCCAUGCUUUCACCUAUCCAAUCUGUAUUGAACACAAAUGAAUGGUUUUACAGUCUGGCCUACCAGAAAUCAGCUGUGAUUCAAAUUACUAUAUUAGUGAAAUCCUUGUACCUGUGUUCAUUCUAGACCUGGACUGAGAAAAACUUCUAUAGCUCACUCCUUUGUAUUAUAUUUCAAAUAAAAACAUUAACAUAUACAAAAUACAUCCAUGCAAUCGAAGUCAGAGGAAAAUAAUAUGCCAGUGAUUUUUUUUUUUACCUUUAUUUUACUAGGCAAGUCAGUUAAGAACAAAUUCUUAUUUUCAAUGAUGGCCUAGGAACAGUGGGUUAACUGCCUGUUCAGGGGCAGAACGACAGAUUUUGUACCUUGUCAGCUCGGGGAUUUGAACUUGCAAACUUUCGGUUACUUGUCCAAUGCUCUAACCAGUAGGCUACCCUGCCGUGAUGAUCAAGCCCAUUUUUAUAGAAAAACUCAAACCUGUGCUACUAAUCACAUUGACACAAAGGAGGUGGCUGUGGAAUGCAGCUGACCUUGGCACUUGGUUGUUGCUCAAAGGAGGUGGCUGUGGAAUGCAGCUGACCUUGGCACUUGGUUGUUGCUCAUGAAAAGCUGGAUUGAAGUUUCCCCCCACAAAUUGUGUCGACAACUGACAUGGAUCGAUGAUAAUUUAGCUAGCCAUAGUGUUAGCAAGGAUGAUUAUUUAAUGUUAAAUGGUAACAGCAUCAGGUCUGAGAGUUUCCAGUUCUAGACUUCAUUUGGAAUCAAUGAGUCAGUUAGGGUAGAAAGUUCAUUGGCUCAGAUAGGUAUCCUUUUCUUUGCAGGUUGGAAAUAAACAACCAAAAAGCACUUGAAUGUAAUUAAAUAUGAACUCAUGAUUAAGUCCACACACACACACACA